AUGUUAUUCAACAGAUUUUAUUUUCUUUUGUUGCUCCAAUUUUGUUUAAUAAGUAGUUCAGAAAUUUCCAAAACAUGCAUUUGCAGGCAUAUACAAAGCUAAAAAGACUGCAAAAACUCUGGUGUUUGCAUCUGGGAAAAUGAAUAUUGUGUUUUAGGUUCUGGAAAAACAUACAAUUCAAAGAUUAAAAAUUAGAAUCCAUGCAAAAACUAUGCUCAAGAGGAUUGCCGAGAAUUAGAGUAAUGUGGCUUUUAUUAUGGUUUAUGUAUUGACUUUGUAGAUUGCAACAUCUUCGAUAAAGAUAAUUGUUAAGAAUCAUCAUAUAAAUGUGUCUCUGAUGGUUAAAAGUGUGUACAAAUGUAAGAAUGUAGUGAUUAUAAAACGGAGAAUGCCUGCUCGAAUAAAAAUUAGUAUGGCAAAUACUGUGUUUGGAUUUGGGGGACGGAGAAAAAAUGCACAGAUGUCACAAUGUGUAAAUUAUUACCUUCAUAUUUAAACAAUCAUACAAUGUGUAAGUCAGGGUUUGAUGGAUGCACAAUAAGCGAGAAAGGUUAUGGAUGUACUGAAUAAAUGGAAUCUUGUGCACAAUAUGUGAAUAAUUUUUAAUGCUUUGAAAGCAAAUCAAGAAAAGAUAAUUGUUUUUGGGAUUCAAAAAAUAAUAAAUGUGUUGAAAAGGUGUGUGAAAAUCUACCAUUUACUGAGGAUUAUGAAUGUAAGUCAAAUUUAAGUUAAUGUACAACUAAUGGAGUCCAUUGUGUAUUAAGGAGGCAGUGUAGUGAUGUUUAGAAUAAAGUUGGAUGUGUCACUGAUAUUUUGGGUUAAAAAUGUGACUAUCAUAAAAAUCAAUGUAAAAUCAAGAGUUGCAACACUGCUCCAGAGUCACUUACUAAUUAUCAAUAAUGUUAGGAUUAUGACAAUUUAUUGGAUUGUGUUACUUCAGAAAACAAAGGAUGUAAAAUUCGACCUGCAACUUGCGAUGGGUAUGUUUAUGAAAUGGAUUGCUAUUCAUUAGAAUAAUAAGAUUGUGUGUGGUAUAAAAAAAAAUGCGAAUAAAGAUAAUGUUACCAUGCUCAGGCUCAUUAUACUCAUAAAGAUUGUUAGGGAUAUGGGAAUUGUAUGGGGAAAUUAAAUGGGGGAUGUUAACAGACACCUAAUUUAUGUGAGGAAAUAUUGCAGGACUAGUUUUGUGAAUUCACCUAUAAUAAAGAAAGGUGCAUUUGGGUCAAAGGCGUAUGCGAAUCAUUAGAAUGUAAGAAAUUGAAAUUGCCAACCUAUAAUAAUCAUAAAGCAUGCUAAAAGGAAAGUUCAUAUUGCACUUUUAAUUUAAACUCUUUAGGUUGUACAGAGUAUACAUGUGAAAAUGUUUUAGAGAUAGAAGAUUGUACAAUUGAUUCAAAUGGUUAAAUUUGCACAUAGAAUUAAGGAUGCAUAGAGAAGAAAUGUAUGACUGCUCAUCCAACUUUGGAUACAAACUCUAAAUGUGAAGGGUGGAUGCCAAAAUGUACAGUUAAUGUAUAAGUUUUAUCAAAUUAAAAAAUCUUGAUUGGAUGCGUAGAUAAAAGAAGUAUUUGUGAACUUGCAGUUUAAGAACAAUGUUAAUCAACACUUUCAGGACAUAUGUGUAAAUGGAAUGGAAGUAGUUAAAAAUGUAUUAAUCAACUUUGUUAAGAUGCCAGUCCAAGUUUGUAUUUAACAAACGAAGAUUGCAAAUAAUUUAAGGUGUUAUCUGGACCUUGCAUUAUUGGACCUUCUGGAGUUGGAUGUUACUAAUGGCCCACUAAUUGUACUGAAAUGAAAAGUCAAUAACAGUGUUAAUUGAAUAUACAAAAUGGAACAAAGUGUUUUUGGACUGGUACUUAUUGUAAACAAUAAGAAUGUUCAGAUGCUCCGAAACUUUAUUACACCAAUAAUGUUUAAUGUAACAAUUGGUCUAGUAAUUGUAUUUUUGACCAUUCUUUGGGUGGAUGCAUAGAUAGAAUUAAUUAAGUUGCUUGUUCAUCUUCUCCAAAUGUUGUUAUGUAUAACAAUCAUGUAGAAUGUUAUGCAAGGAAUCAAAAUUGUACUGUGGUUUCUAAUUUUACUGCUGAAGGAUGUGAAAGGAAGAAAGAAACAUGUUAUGAGUACAUCAAGCGAAGAAAUUGUAAGACAACUCUAUCUGGCUAUUUGUGUUAUUGGGAUGAUAAAGAAAACAAGUGCAUGAACGAGGAUGAAGAUAAUAAUGGAGUUGUUGAUUGUCAUAAGAGACUUAAUGGAGAACUAACUCAUCAGGAUUGUGAGGACUUCAUGCCUAAAUGCACAUUAAAUUAGAUUACCUUAUCCUGCAGAUAACUUUCAGAUUAUUGCAAUUAUAAAUAUCAAUAAUAGUGUAUAAUUAAUUCCUAUUAAUAACCUUGCAAAUGGAAUGAUUUGAAAUAAAUAUGUGAAGAUGUAGUUUGUGCUGAUAAUUCAACAUCUUAAACGGAGUCUGAAUGUUUAAUGUUCAGACAGAAUAAUGAAUGCCAAUUAAAAAUUAAUUCUGAAGGGACUUACGGGCCUGGAUGUGAAAAUAGACCCAAAAGUUGUUAAGAAAUUACUGAUCCUUUAAUAUGUAAGUUAACUCUAACAACUUAAAAUGAAAAAUGCUAUUUUCAUAGUUCCUUCUGCAUGGUAAUACUAUCAAAAUAUUGUGAACAAAUUACUGAAAGUCAAAGUAAUGAGUUUUGUUAAUUAUAUAAUCCCAAUUGUGUUCUUUAAUCAAGUGGAUAAGGAUGUUAUUCUAUUUAUGAGUGUGGUGAUUUGACGAGUAGCGUUUGCAACAAUGCAAUUAUGAGAAGUAAUUCUAGAUGCAGCUUUUUGCAAGGAUGUUUUCGUAAUAUUCGCUGUUCUGAUAAAAUAAAUGCUGAAAAUUGUUUCCGGAAAACAUUUUUUGGAUAAUAAUGUGAAUUAACGAGGGAUUGUCUUCAUUGUUAAGACAUUUGCACUCUAGUCCAAAAGUACAUCUUUGAAAGUUUAACUCCUUUAGACACCACUUUCGACGGUUUGAAUUAAUGUAAUGAUAUUUCAACAUCCCUCAUCUAUAAUACAGAGUGUCACUGCUGUAAGUUAAUUGUUUCUUGUGACUUUGCCCCAUAAUCGCUUUGUAAUUAAUCAACGGAUUACUUUGGAAAUUAAUGUCAAUAUAAUUAAUAGUCUAAUGUUUGCGGAUACAGAGAAUGCGAACAAUUAACAUCCGAUUAAGGCAUUUCAGAAUUAAUUUGCUAUUAGUGGAAGAGUGAAUGUGUUUUAGGUGCUACUAGUUGUAUAAGUUACAACAAUGAUUGUACAAAAAUUGGUCUUAUUUAACAAUGUUAUUCAUAUUAAUGCUAUUGGUAAGAUGGUAAAUGUGUUUCUUAUGUUAAUUGUGGUCUUAACACAACUGCAGUAACGAAUCGGGAAUGCUUAUUAAGUAAUAGCACAUUUUGUAGAUUUAAUUAUACUAAAGGCUUAGGAUGUGCUUUUAUAAGUUGUGAUCAAAUUAAAAAUGAAGCAAUAUGUAGUUAAGCGCAAUUAGCAAAUGGUGCAAAAUGUAAAUGGGUCAGUUCCAACUGCACACACAUGGAGUGCUUAGAGUAUAAUGUAUAAUCAGAUUGUGAAAAAAGUUAUGGCGUUUAUCAAUAUCUAGUCUUAAAAUGUUAUUGGUGUGCAAUUAAUUUCCUUCAAUGUACUUAGAAUGCAUACUGCAAUUUAAGUAUGAUGACUUCACCUAAAUCACAUUAAGAUUGCUACAGUAAUAAUGUCUUAUAAACAAUCAACUUUAUAAUAAACCCAAAGUGCAUAGUCAAGUAAUAAUAAUGCUCAGAUUACAAAUAUUAAGAGGCUUGCGUAAGUACGAUAGAUGGUAUAGACUGUUAUUGGUAUUCUAAUGCAUGUAUAUGGUAUUAUGAAGCUGCGGUUUAAUUAAUAUCUACCUAUACACAUUCAUCAUGCCAUAGUUGGAAGGAUUCUUAUAUGUCAUUAGAUAACUUAGGAUGUCAGCCUCUAGAUUGCUCAUAGUUAACAAUAUUGUCAGAUUGCUCAAUUUUUACUACAAAGUGUUUUUGGGAUGGUUAAAAUUGUUAAAUUAUUAUGGAAUGUAACAAGUACUCUAAUGGCACUUAGUGUUUAAAUACUAGCAACUCAUAAGGCAUCCCAUGCUUUUGGGAAGGUACUAAAUGCAUAGAAAAAACAUGUUCAAAUAAGCCAACUCCUUCAAUUAGCCAGGACGAUUGCAGUAGUUGGUUGAUUAACUGUUAAUAUAAUAGCAAUAAUAAUCGAUGCUUAGAAGAUUGCACCUAAGCUGAUAUUUCAAAUAAAACUCAUUAACUAUGCGAAUCCUAUUAUUUAAAUAAGAGUUGCACUGUCAAACUAGAUAUAAUUCAAUGUGUAGACCUUCCAAUUGCUUGUUCUUUUGCAAAGAAAACUUAAUGUUUUAAAGAUUAAUCUGGAAAUGAAUGCUUCUAUUAAGAAUCAUUAAGCAAGUGUGUUAAUUUAACAUGUUCAAUUUUAUAAUAUACAACACAUGAAAAGUGUAACUAAAAAUUAAAUUCUUGUACAGUUAAUUCAACUUUAGAUGGAUGUCAAUAAUUAAAUGUUUGUGGUAGUUAUUCAAUAAAAGAAUAAUGCUAAAUCGAUUCAAAUAAUGUAGAAUGUUAAUGGAUGAUGAAUUAAAAUAAAUGUAAAAUAAAGGAUUGUUCAACUGCACAAUUACUUAUAUAUUCAGUUCAUAAUUGUAAUUAAUAUUUUGGAAAAUCUUGUACUGUAAAUGAAAAUUUGGAUGGAUGCGUGAUUGGUCAAUCUUUGUGCAUGAACUACCCAUAUCAUCAAUGCAAAAGUUAAGGACAAAUGAAUUUAGGUGGAGUAGAAUGUUUCUGGAAUGAUGAGAAGAAUAUUUGUUUAGAGAGGAUUUGUGAAAAUGGGCCUUCACUUGCCAAAACUAAUUCUGAUUGUAUCGGAUUUCUCUCUACAUGUUAAAAAGGUGGUUGUCGAAUAAAAGAUUGCUUUGAUUAUAAUUAUGCUAUAGAUUCGGCUUGUGCUUCAAUAUUCUAAAGCAAAAAAUGUGUUACAAAUGGUUAUUAAUGUGUUUUUAGAAUGUCUUGUGAAGAUGUUAGUGUUAUUGAUGGUUGUACAUUUGAUAUCAAUCUCAAUCCUUGUGUCUGGAUUGAUGAGAAAUGUUAUACAAAAUCUUGUAAAACUGCAUCAACUUCUCUGAUAAAACAUUAAGAAUGCAAUGCUUAUUUUCCAACUUGCACAGUUAAAUAAGGAGGAGGAUGUGCUAAUAAACAAAAUUGUCAAAAUUACUAAAUAAAAGAGGCAUGCAAAAUUGAUAGUGAAAACGGUGAAUGCAUAUGGGAUGAUUAUCUAAAUUAAUGCUUUUCCAAUCAAUGUACGGAUUUCUGUGGAGAUGGUAUUGUAUCUAGUAUAGAAGAAGAAUGUGAUGAUGGCAAUUAUUUACCUUAUGAUGGCUGUUAUAAAUGCCAAAUAUAAUGCCCCUAAGGAUGCAAUAUUUGCAAUGGUUUGAUAUGUGAAGAUUGUCAAAAAAAGGGAUGGUUAUUGAUUAAUGGCUAGUGUAUUUCAAUAUGUGGGGACAGUCAUACAGUUGGGAAAGAAUUCUGUGAUGAUGGAAAUGAUAUUGAAUUUGAUGGAUGUUAUUAAUGUUCCUAUUCUUGUCACUAAAAAUGCCUUAAUUGCUUCUAAGGACUAUGUUUACAAUGUGAGAAUGGAUACAUAGAAGAUGGGUCAUAAUGUCGUAAUAUUUGUGGGGAUGGUGUCCUUAUUGAACAAUUAGAAAAAUGUGACGACGGAAAUAGUUAGAAUAAUGAUGGAUGCAGUGAUAUUUGUUAAGUCGAAUAAAAUUGGAAAUGCUAAUAAGAAAAUAAUAUUAGUUUGUGUAGCUAUAUUAUUCAACCAAAGAUUGUUCUAACUAAGCUCAAAAAAACAAACUAUGAUUAUGAAGACAAGUACGUUUGA